AUGGUACCGUUCCAGGUUACCGUUUAUUUGUCGAGAUGCGGUCUACAGCCAAACUCGGAAAUGAUUGCCAAAGGGUAUCCAGAUAUCGGAUGGGAUCCGGUUGAAGGGGAACGGUAUAUCGACUUCCUCCGUUUCUGCGUCUGGAUCAAUGGCGAAAACGUUGAGGAGAACGCUAACCUAGUGAUUCGACUGCUCAUUCGUCGUCCAGAAUGUCUUGGCAUAGCUCUUAAGGGAGAAGGCCAAGGUCUAUUCGCAGCAUUUAAGGAGGCUAUCGCUUUGUCUGAGGAUAUUCGUGUGCUCGAGGAAGACGGCGAUGCGGCUACAAUGCUUAAAUGUGGUCUGCUAGGAGAUUCACCGUAG